AUGGCCGUUCAUGGCUCACCCUCAUCUGAAAGCGUGUCCAAGUGGGCUCGACGGCUUCUCCGCGCUGUGCAAGCACUGUUACUCCCAACCCUUCUGCAGUACCACAGCAGCACCGGCAGUAAGCCCCUCCGUCGCACAGCACAUGACCCUAGUGCGGCUCGGAAUUGUGCAUACGUGAUCCCCGUGGGACGGCAAAAUCCAUGUAUCCAACCUAGUUGA